AUGAGGAAGUGCAAAGAGAAGGUGAAGAGGGGCAAGCUGCACGGGAAAGAAGAAGAAGAAGAUGGAAACAUCCGUACGACGGCGCCGCUGGACGUGGAGAGCAAACCGCGCUACUGGCUCACUGUGUUCGCCCAGGACCACGGCGUGGUGCCACUGCACUCCCAACUGGAGGUGCUGGUGGAGGUGCUGAACCAGAAUGACAACACGCCGAUGACGACGGAGCCGGUGUACUACCCGCAGAUGGCUGAGGGUUCGCCUCCAGGCACGCCCGUGCUGCGGAUCACCGCAUCCGACCACGACCGGGAUCCCUCGCAGAAGCUCUCGUUCCGCAUCUCCGCCGGAAACCCGGACAACCUCUUCGUCAUUGACUCCGACACAGGCGUGAUAAAGACAACAAGUCGUCGUCUAGACAGGGAGACCAUGGCGGAGCAUAUUCUGGAGGUCACAGUAAGUGACAACGGAACUCCACCACUCUCUUCUACAACUCAGGUUGUUGUAAUAGUGACAGACAUCAAUGACCAUGCUCCUGAGUUCACUGAACGUACACUGUACAAAGUGACCAUACCCGAGUCAGCUGGGAAAGACAUACCUUUGUUCCAGAAUGAAACUGAGGAGUUGGACGUAGCAGUUGAUUCGUUUCUUGAAAAUGGAACAUGGGAGACUUACGAUUCCGACAUCUAUUUGGGAGAGCCUAUGCUGAGGGUUUUGGGAUUUGAUGAAGAUGAAGGUCCAAAUGCUGACUUGCAGUACAGCAUUAAAUCUGGUCGUGGUAUAGGAAAAUUCAAGAUUCAUCCCAAAACUGGUAUUGUCUACUCAUCACGUGAUUUUCAAGCAGGCCAGGAAUAUGAUCUGAGGAUAAGAGCACAGGAUAGUGGACAGCCACCAAGAAGUCACACAAUGCGUGUUUCUGUGCUUGUGGAGCCUGUCCCUACAGAAUCACCUAAUGCUCCACAAAUUAUAAACCCUAAUCAACAUGUGCAAGUUACUGAGAGUGACCCAGUGGGUUUCCUUGUUGCUCUAAUCCAGGCCAAGGAUGAGGAUGGAGACAUGUUAUGGUACAGCAUAGAAGAUGGAGAUGAUAUGGAUGAAUUUUUUAUUGGUCGUGAUAAAGGAAAUGUUCUACUGGCAAAGAAAUUAGAUUGGGAAAGAAAAGACACUUACAAUUUGACAAUAAGUGUGACAGAUGGUGUUCACACAACUUUUACCCAGUUGUAUGUCAAUGUAAUUGACAUAAAUGACCAUCGGCCAGAAUUUACAGAGAAACUGUAUAGUGUUGAAAUUUCUGAAAAUGUUGAAAAAGGAACAGAAAUAUUAAGACUAAUUGCAACAGACAAAGAUGAAGAUAAGAGAGUGAUAUACAGUCUGCAUGCUGCAAGAAAUCCGGUUUCAUUAUCAGUCUUCAAAGUUGACUCUAUCACAGGAUCAGUCACUCUCAAUGAAAAACUGGACAGGGAGACUGUGGAAGAGCACGUACUCACUGUAAUGGUUCGAGAUCAGGGGACACCAUCUAAAAGAAAUUAUGCCCGAGUUAUUGUGACUGUUCAUGACCACAAUGAUCACCCACCAGAGUUCACAAGCCAACUCAUUCAAGGAAAAGUUUUUGAAACAUCAAGUAUAGGAACUGCAGUUGUUCAGGUGUAUGCAAUUGACAGAGACAGAGGAGAAAAUGCCAAAAUAAAAUAUUCAAUUACGUCAGGAAAUAUUGGAAAUGUGUUCAGCAUUGAUCCAUCACUAGGUAUUGUACAUGUGGCGAGAGAAUUGGAUAUUGGUGUUAUGUCUGAAUAUAUGCUGGUUGUAAAAGCUACUGACCACGGAUCACCUUCUUUGUCAGCUACAAUCCCUGUUCAUAUCAUGGUGACAAUGGCAGACAAUGCCCCUCCAAGGUUUCUAAAACAAGAACAUGCUGCUGAAAUAUAUGAGAAUCAACCAGUAGGAACAUAUGUAAAGCAUCUGGAAGCUCGAAGUACUUCAUCACUAUUUUAUGAAAUUAAAAGUGGAAAUAAGGAUGAUAUGUUUUUUAUAAACCCAAGUACUGGUGUUAUAAUAACAAAAAGGCAGUUAGAUUAUGAGUUUUGUAAAUUUUAUAAUCUAACUAUUGAAGCAACAAAUAUGGCUGGUGCCAAAACCCAAUGCAGUGUCAUUGUUCACGUUCUGGACAAGAAUGAUAAUGCACCUAGAUUUUUACAGCCAUUGUAUCAAGGUGUCAUAAGUGAAGGCACAUCAAUUGGUUCACUUGUUCUUACGAACAACACCUCUCCCCUUGUUAUCACAGCAAGGGAUGAUGAUUCUGAACUGAAUGGUCUUCUAAAUUAUGAUAUUAUUGAAGCACUGCCACGCAAAUUCUUUCAUAUAGAUUCCAGCACAGGAGCUAUACGAACAGUGUUGAAUUUGGACCAUGAAACUAUACCCGAGUUUCAUUUCCAUGUUAAGGUUUCAGAUUUGGGGAAACCUCAGCUGUACUCAGAAAAUACUGCAACAGUGGAAAUAAGUGUAACAGAUGUUAAUGAUUGUCCACCACACUUCACUCAGACUGAGUACAAUGCAACACUGUUGUUGCCUACAUAUCAGAAUGUUGCAGUUGUUCAGGUUGUUGCAGCAGAUCCUGAUUCUGCAGAAAGCACACAUCUGCGAUAUGACAUAAUUGACGGUAAUAGGGGUGAAGUGUUUGCUGUUGAUUCGGGCACUGGAGUGGUAACAGUGUCAGAUGCAACACAUAUUAGACAGUUUCAUCGUUUGCACUUAAGAGCCUCUGAUGGGAAGUUUUCCAGUGUAGCACAAGUCAACAUUAAAGUCGAACAGUCAGAGAAAUCAGGCCUCAAAUUUCAAAAAGAUGUAUAUUUGGGAACUAUAAUAGAAAAUUCAACAAAAGUUAUGACUGUGGCUGUAGUAAAUGUUCUAGGAAGUGCACUGAAUGAACAUAUAGUAUUUAACAUAUUGAAUCCAACAGAUAUGUUUGAAAUUGGUUCCACUUCUGGUGCUAUUAGAACAACAGGAAAGAGAUUUGACAGAGAACUUAAGGACAAAUAUGAGUUAAUAGUUGAAGCACGCAGUGAUCAACCAGGUCAAGAACAACCAAGAGUGGCCCAUGUAAUGGUGAAUGUAACAAUUUUGGACAUAAAUGAUAACUGUCCAAUGUUUGUUAAUCUGCCAUACUAUGCAGUUGUAUCUGUUGAUGCACAAAAAGGAGACAGUAUUACAAAAGUCCAUGCAGUUGAUCUGGAUAAAGGAGAAAAUGGUGAAGUGAGGUAUGAACUAAUAAAAGGCCAUGGAGAGCUCUUUAAAGUAUGCAGAAAGAGUGGUGAAAUUACACUGAAACAGAGCUUGGAAGGGCAUAAUAGGGAAUAUGAACUUGUAAUUGCUGCCUAUGAUGGAGGUAUCACGCCAUGCUCUACAGAGAUGCCUGUUCAUAUAAAAGUUAUUGACAGAUCCAUGCCUGUUUUUGACAAACAGUUCUACACAGACAGUGUUUUAGAAAGUAUUGAAUUACAUUCUUCUCUUGCUGUUAGUAUACAGGCUGAAUCUCCACUUGGCAGGAAACUUAUUUACAGCAUUGUGAAAGGAAAUGAGUAUGAGGAAUUUGCCUUAGACUUUAACACAGCCCCCGACAGUAACAAUGGUCCCUGUGUAAUAUAUGUUGUCGAUGAGCUGGAUUAUGAACAAAAGAAGCAGUAUGAGCUGACCAUACGUGCAACAGACAGUGUAUCUGGAGUUUAUGCAGAAGUACCAGUCAGUAUUCUUGUCCAAGAUGUCAAUGACUGUCCUCCAGAAUUUAGCAGUGACAGUUAUAAUAUUUCUGUCUCUGAAGCUUCACCAUUUGGCACUUCUGUUCUCCGAGUGUCUGCCAGAGACAAUGACACAGGCAUUAACCAGAAGAUUCGAUAUCAGAUUCAGAGCGAUUCCAGCAAUUCAUCAGAAUUUUUUCAUAUUGAUUCAGAUGAUGGAUCUAUCUAUCUGAAGCAAUCAUUAGAUCAUGAGAUUCAUGACAGUCACCACUUUACAAUUAUUGCAAUGGAUGCUGGGGUUCCAAGUCUCUCAAGUACUGCACAUGUUUGGGUUUCUGUUAUCGAUAUGAAUGAUAACCCACCAAAAUUCGAGCAACCAUCAUAUGCAUGCUCUCUCUCUGAACAUGCUCAAAGAGGACAGUUCAUCACUGUUGUUAAAGCAAGUGAUCCUGACUAUGUUGAUCAUGAAAGACUAAGCUACACAAUUGUUGGAGGAAAUGAACAACAGACAUUCUCCAUUGAUUCUGCUACAGGUGUGAUCUCACUGAUAAAUAUGCAGAACUUUGCAGAGAAACAGGAAAGCAUUUUAAAUAUCUCAGUCACAGAUGGAGUCUACACAAGUUUUACCAGAGUACGUAUUAUCAUACUGCCAGCAAACAGACAUAAUCCUGCUUUUCCCAAGAUUCAGUUUGAAGUUACAGUACCAGAGAAUCAACCACGUGGAACACUGGUAACAAAAGUCACAGCCACAGAUAAAGAUUUUGGCAAAUAUGGUGAAGUUGUAUACUCCAUUCCAUCUGAUUUACUGAAAGAAAUUUUUGAAGUCAACAAAAAGACAGGAGAGAUAUUCACUAAAAGGAGUUUGGACAGAGAAGAGCAGAAGCUUUAUGAGCUUCCAGUAAUGGCAACAGAUGGUGGUGGACGGUCAGGGUUUAUUAUUGUUAGAGUGAAAGUUGGAGACUUGAAUGACAAUGCUCCAUCUUUCCUUCUACGAGAAUAUAAGGCCACAAUUCCUGGCAAUCUGACACUCAAAUCACCUUUCCUUAAGGUCAAAGCAGUGGAUAGAGAUGAUGACAUGGCUGCUGAGAUAGAAUAUUCAAUUUAUGAGACACAAGGAUCAGAAACCAAGGAACUCUUCUCCAUUGACAAACAUAAAGGAACUAUCUCUCUUGCAAAAAAUGCUACAUCAUGGGAAAAUGAAGUAUUUCAGUUUUUUGUAAGAGCUCAAGAUCGAGGAAUGCCUUCUUUAUAUGCUGAUGUUCCAGUUGAUGUCUUCAUUAUGGGUUCCCAAGAUGUAGCCCCAAUGUUUGAAAGGAAGGAUGACAACUUCUUCCUUCAAGAAAGUUCUCCACCAGGAACAAUAAUAACACGGUUGAAGACUGUCACAAACAUCUCUGUUCAUUAUCGCAUAAUUUCUGGUAAUGAAGAUAUUCCCACAUUUUCUGUGGAUGGACAGGGACAGUUGAUGCUGACUCGACCUCUUGACAGAGAAUCACAUGACGUACACGUCAUAGCAGUUCUUGCAGAAACUGAUUCAAGUCCUCCUUUGACAGCACUAGCUGAAGUUACUUUAAAAGUUCUUGAUGAGAAUGAUCAUAUACCAGAAUUUGAAAGCAACCCAUAUAAGUUAACCUUGGCUGAAAAUGUGGAGGAAGGAACAUCAAUACUCAAAGUUGUUGCACAUGACAAGGACAUUGGGAGUAAUGGAGAAGUGCGGUAUUCAUUUGGUUCAGAUAUUGGUGAUCUCGCAAAUGUAUUUGCUGUUGAUGCAUAUACUGGCUGGAUAACUACUCUUGUGCAGCUGGACAAAGAGAAACAGUCAGAGUAUGUUUUCCAGAUUGUUGCAACAGACAAUGGAACUCCAAAACACUUUACUAGAACUAAUGUUUAUAUUAAACUCCAAGACUACAAUGACAACCCUCCUGUAUUCGGUAGUAGACAUUAUGAGGCUGCUGUGAACGAAGAUGCAUUACCAGGCACCGUUGUAGUGCAGCUUAGUACAGAGGACAAAGAUGCUGAUCUAUCGACACCUGUGGAUUUCUACAUUACCAGCGGUGAUGCACGAUCCCAGUUCCAGAUACGCCAGACGGGUGAAGUUUAUGUUGCAAAGCCUCUUGACAGAGAGACAGUCAGUAGCUAUUUGCUGGAUGUUACAGCAACUGAUGGAAAGUACAUUGCAAAAACGAAAGUCACUGUUGACAUAUUAGAUGCAAAUGAUAAUCCUCCUUACUGCUUGCGGUACCGAUACCAUGAGAUUCUUUCUGAAGGUGUGCAUCCAGGUAGUUAUGUUCUUACAGUGCUAGCCACUGACAUAGAUGAAGAACCAAAUGCAAAUCUGCGAUAUUAUCUGACUGGAGAUGGUUCAGACAAGUUUUCACUUGACAAAGCAGGAGGUCACCUCAAAACUGCCCAACCCUUAGAUCGUGAGGAGCAAUCAAAAUUUCAAUUAACUGCUCAUGUACAAGAUCGGGACCACCCUGACUGGCAGUGUUCUUCUCAGCUGGAAAUAAUUAUAUCUGAUCUCAAUGACAAUCCUCCAGAAUUCUCCAUGGAAUCUUACAGUGCGACUCUACCUGAAGAUGUUGAGGUUGGCUCCCUUGUAACAAAAGUACAUGCAACAGACAGGGACAUAGGUAUAAAUCGGAAAAUAAGGUACUCAUUUGUAGAUUCAGCAGAUGGUCAUUUCAAAAUUGCCUCUGAUAGUGGAAUUGUGACCUUAGCAAAACCUCUAGAUCGUGAAACCAGGGCAAUGUACAACUUGUCUGUAAGAGCCACUGACCAAGGGACACCGCAACUCUCAAAAGUGGCUCUUCUCAAUGUUCAUGUACUUGAUAUUAAUGAUAAUCCUCCUGAAUUUGCAUCCAAGUAUUAUUAUGCUGUUGUUCCUGAAAUUGACGCAGUUGGAACUGAAAUAGUAAGAGUUUUAGCAACAUCAAAAGACACAGGAGUUAAUGCAGAGAUAACUUACUCUAUUGUUGGUGGAAAUGAACAUAAGAAAUUUGAAAUACAUCCAAAAACAGGAGUUAUAACUAUAGCUGAACAGCUUGAUUAUGAGAGAGCCAAAGAUUAUUUCUUAACUAUUCAAGCUAUCGAUGGAGGUGUACCACCAUUAAGCAACCAUGCAACUGUUAACAUCUCAGUCUUAGACAGCAAUGACAAUGCUCCAAUCUUCAGUCAAGCAUCUUUCAGUGCAAGGAUCAGAGAGGAUGCUCAGAUUGGUGACAAAAUUUUGCAGGUGACAGCAAGCGAUCUUGACAGUGGUGAUAAUGGAAAGAUAUCAUAUUUCAUUGAGAGAGGUGAUCGACAUAGACAGUUCUUCAUUGAUGAAAAGACAGGGUACAUCUCCGUAGCAGCACCUCUUGAUCGAGAAAUGAUUUCUAGCUACGUUCUGGAAGUUAAUGCAAAAGACAAUGGCCUUCCUGUGAUGACUAGUUAUGUAAUGGUGAAUGUUGAAAUAUCUGAUGCCAAUGAUAAUCCACCAAUAUUUUCCCAGCCUAAUUACACAGCUGUUGUGCAGGAGGAUAAACCAUUACAAUAUGCUGUUAUUAAAUUUUUGGUCACUGAUGCUGAUGCUGCUCCAAAUGCUGCACCAUACACGUAUGAUAUACGUUCUGGAAAUGAGGGCAAUAUGUUUGUGUUAGAGCAAGAUGGGGUACUUCGCACUGCUGGUCGUUUCAAUCAUAAAGUGAAAGACAACUACCUCCUUCAUGUACGUGUGUUUGAUAAUGGAACACCACCUCUUUUCUCAGAUACAUGGGUUACAAUUAAGGUUAUAGAAGAAUCUCAGUACCCUCCAUCAAUCACACCUCUUGAGGUUUUCAUCAAUUCCUUUAUGGAUGAGUUUCCAGGAGGUACAAUAGGCCAAAUUCAUGCCUCAGACCAGGACCAAUAUGAUACCUUAUCCUUCAACCUUGUGAAAACGACUUCGAACUCUGGUGUACAGAACCCAACAUCACAGCUCUUUGAAAUAGAACAUAACAAUGGGACACUCGUGGCUCUACCUGGUCUAGAUGUUGGUGAUUACCACAUUAAUGUAUCUGUUACAGAUGGAAAGUUUACAUCAUAUGCUACUGUCAGAGUAUCUGUCGACCUUGUGUCAGAAGAAAUGUUAUCAAAUGCAGUAAUUGUAAGAUUCCGUAAUGUUAGCCCUUUGGAGUUUGUUUUGAGUCAUCGGAGAGGUUUUGUUCGUGCAGUGAGGAAUGCACUGAGUGCAAGACUUAAGGAUGUUGUAAUUAUCAGUGUGCAACCAUCUGAUGAAACUGCAUCUAAGAGAAGACGUAUAACUCGUGAUACUAACCCAAGUUCUGAUCUGGACGUGCUGUUUGCUGUUCGCAAAUCACAACCAAUGAGUCCUGUUACAGGCUUUCAUUCAUCAAACACUAUUCGCAAAGCAAUAACUGAUCACCUUGAGGAACUAGAAUCUUCAGCAAAUCUUGUUGUGGAAGAAAUAGUAAGAGACAAAUGUGUUGCAAACUUUUGUACAUAUGGAGAGUGUGAAGAUCAAAUUAUAUUGGAUGCAUCCAAUCUUACACCCAUCUCAACAGAUGUUACUAGUUUUGUCUCCCCUCAUCAUCAGCAUAAAGUUCACUGUAAUUGCAAAGAAGGAUAUUCAGGAGACCGUUGUGAAACUAUGAUAAAUGAAUGUGCCAGAGAUCCAUGCCCAAUGUUUAAAGUUUGUAUUCCUGAUGCUUCACUUCAAGGUUAUUCAUGUCAGUGUCCAGAAGGUUUUGCUGGAACAACUUGUGAGAUUGAUAUAUCUAAAUGUCAUGAUGAAUCUUGCUACAUUCCUCGGAAUCCUGUGUCCUUUGGAGGCAAGAGCUAUGCACAGUACAAAAUUGGAAAAAAUCUGAUAAAGAAAACCUUAGAAGAUCAACUAAGCCUCUCUUUAAGAAUUAGAACAGUUCAACCAACUGGAAAUCUUAUGUAUGCAGCAGGAAAAAUAGACUAUAAUAUACUGGAGGUUGUGAAUGGAGUUGUACAGUACCGAUUUGAUCUUGGUAGUGGAGAAGGGCUAGUGAGAGUCAGCAGUGUGUAUGUGAGUGAUGGUUUAUGGCACGAAGUGAAAUUAGAACGGGAAAAGAAUAGCGCACAGGUCAUUGUGGACGGAAAGCAUAUAGCUCAUGGCUCAGCACCUGGCGCGAAUGAUAUUCUCAACUUGCAAUCAGAUGACCUGUAUCUUGGUGCAGAAGUUCGCCAUCAUCCUACAAUACUUGGUUAUGACGAUGUCCAGAGAGGAUUCAUUGGAUGCAUGGAUGAUGUUCGCAUUUCCCAUGUAUCAGUACCUUUACAUAUGAGUGGCGCAAGCAGUGUGGCUAUCCUUAAAAGAUUUGCUAAUGUGGACUUCAGUUGUGAUGCUCUGAAAGUGCUUACACCUCCUGGUGUAUGUGGCUCACAACCUUGUAUGAAUGGAGGUACGUGCAAGGAUCUCGGUGGUGAUAACUAUGAGUGCCUUUGUUACGAAAAGAGAUUUGCAGGUCAUUCGUGUGAAAUUGACACAGAUCCAUGUGCCUCUUCACCAUGUUUGUACGGUGGUAGAUGUCGUGCAGCACCAGCAGGCAAUGAUUACCUGUGCGAGUGUCCUCCAAGACUUAGUGGUAAACGCUGUGAAUAUGGGCAUUAUUGCAGCCCUAACCCCUGUCUCAAUGGUGGUGUUUGUGAAGAAGGAAACUCUGGACCCAUAUGCAAGUGCCUUGGUUUUACUGGCGACUUUUGCAAACUAGACAUAGAUGAAUGUGAAACAGCCAUGCGUGGACCUUGUCUUAAUGGUGGUACAUGUUAUAAUGAACCUGGCACCUACAGGUGUGUGUGUCCUCCAAAUGUCACUGGUGUACACUGUGCCAAUCCAGUGUAUGGUUCAUCCAUAUCAUCCAGUAUCUAUAACAUUACGGGUGAAGAACUUGUUGGAAUCAUAGUAGCCGUUGCAAUCCUCAUUCUUCUAGUAAUCUGCUUCAUUAUGUACAGGAGAUUUCGUGUAAAACGAUCUCGAGAAAGAGCAAAUAAUAUAAAUAAUGAGACAAGAAAAGACAUUGUGUUAAAUUCUGCCCGACCUAAUGAUAAUGACUUCAAAAGAGGAUCAAAACUCAGCAACCUCGAAGUCAGUCAGGUCCCCCCUCAGUGCCCUCCUAGGCCUGCUUCCUACACUCCAAGCUCCAACAAUGAUCCUACAUCUUACAACCACACUGCUGUUCUGAAUAACCUUGACACAUUGCGUAGUUAUGGGUCAGCUGGGGACGAAUUGGAAAAUGUGCCUCCUGACUACUUACGCAACUUAAAUAGGAGUACUCCCGUCCCUUCCAUCCCCAACCACACUGUCACCACGCUCGACGCAGAGAGCCUCCAUAAACCCUCUUGGGCUGAGAUGACAGACCAGAUGAGUUCUUAUACUGACUCCAAUAAAAUUAAGAAUGACCUGAAACGUUCACUGGGUACAGAUUAUCCACGAGGUCUUAUGCCCACCGGGAGGCCAGGUAGGGGGUCACAGACCGGAGCUUCAUCCAUAAGUUCCAUAGAUGAGGACCCCCGCAUCAUGGGAGGUUACCACUGGGACUGCUCUGACUGGGUUCAUCGCAGUCAGAAUCCACUUCCUAAUAUAACUGAGGUUCCUGGAAGUGAAGUACCUGAUUCUUCUAGUUUCCAUAGCAAUGAAAGUAACGAAUCUAACACCCACCAAGGAAAUUUAAUUCUUCCAACAGCAGUGAAUGGACCAGUGGACCCAGUGAGAGACAUUGAAACACUUAAUGAGGACCAGGAAUCUGAGUAUAUAGGUGACUCAGAAUGUGGCACUGAAUUUGAGGAAAGCCAGUAUCCUGACAGCCCCAGCUUGAAUAUUAAUAACAUUUUGGAUAAUUCGAGAGAAGAAUAUUCAUUUAAAAGACCAAACACCUAUUUAUGCCAUCCAAACACAUACCUACCUCGUUAUAACAUCAACAGUGAAACAGAGACUGAACCACUUAAUGGUUGUAAUAAUGCUGAUGACACUGAUGAUGAGGAAGUGGUGCCUUAUGGAUUUCCUACUAGCAAGCGCCGUAAGGGUGAUGACGAGGAUGGAUCAGUGAUAACAGUACUUGGGGAAAGAGCAUCAUUGCUUGGUGGAUUCACCAGCAACAGUGAUAUUUCUACACAUUUGUGUGAGAUUGAAGAUUCUGAGUUUGAAAGUUUGGAUCACAAAAAGAAUAACCAAAAGAAAUCAAUCCCAUCUGGUGUGAUGCAGACAUCUGUGUGACAGAUGAGACCACCACAGUGUGGUGGUUCCAAUGUAAUACUAGAAACUCCCCAUGUGCCAAAACCAGCCUUGUUGUCAUCCUUCUCAAAAGUGCCAUAGCAAAUAUAUUUUUUAAAAGCAAGUGACUUUUUUUUAAAUUCUUGCACACACACAUUUUCUUUAUAUAAAUAUAUAUAUAUAUAUGCAACAGACGUGUGUAAAAUAUAUUACAUCAGAAGACACUUAUACUUCAUGGACUGCUGUAAAUGAUAUUGAAGCAAUUAAAGAAUAUAUUUCAGGUUAAUUUAAAAGUGUAUUGUUAGACUGGUGUUACAGAAAUCAUGUAUUUUUAUGGCCGAAGUGACUUCUAGAGUACUUAGUUUUUGGUGUAUUUAUUUAAAAAGAUUUUGAAUGUGGCCUGUUACAUUCAGAUCAGAAUUUAAAGCAUUUUUGUAAAAGAAAGUUUUAUGUUUGAUGGUGGAAAUUACUGUGGUGUUGGAGGCAAUACCACCAGUAACUAAAGAAAAACUUUACAUGAAUAUGCUCUGUGAGCACUUAGUUACUCUGUAAAUCCUGACUACUGUUUGUCCUUUUAACCAGUGACUUUGGUUUGGUGCUAUCAGUAUAUAAUAUACAAUACAGACUUUAAAAAUGAUACAGCAAUAUUUAAUUUGGUGACGACCGUGUUAAAAAUUAUUUUGCCUAAUGCGUAGUAUGUUGACUGUAUCAAUAUAUUGUUUUUGGCAGUUCUGGCCAGAUAUUGUUGCCUUAAAAUAUUGACUAUAAAACUGAAGUGCGAAUACCAGAGAUCAUAACAGUUUAUGAAGACAAUACUUUCAAAGUACAGUAAUAUAAAGUUCAUUUGUAUCAUCAUAUUCAUCAUCAACCAUUUCAUACUUUAUGAACCGAAUUGUACUGAUAACCUUUUUGUAUUUUUGGUACCAUGGCGUAAUGUACAUAUUAAUAGUGAUAUGGACCAACUCAGGAAGAGAAUUUCCUCAGUCAAGAGCAAAUUAAUUUCUCAGGUGCAUGCAUUUUUUCUUCUAAAUAUGAGGGUGAAAUGCAAUUUGUUAAUUUCACUCCAGGUUACAUAUCUUGCACAAUGCUCUUGAGAUAUAACUUUUACAGGGUGUCUGAUCACACUUCCUUAUGAUGAAGAGCACAGCCCAUGUAAAGUUUUGCUAACUCUUGUCAGUAUCUGGCUAAAAAUGUACUAAAUGAACUGUAUUUAAGAAUAAAACAGAGUGCUUUUUACAAACUUGUAUAUACAGAAGUGUGUUUAUAAUAUAUUAUUAUACUAUUUUCAAA